AUGUGUUUCGGGAGCGAUGACGAUGACUCGGCUCCUCCACGUCCGCUUCAGGAAUACGACCUCGAAUAUCUUCAAAUCCGCCGGCGCGCCAGCAGCGUCAAGCGACACCUCGACAAUGGCCCCGCCGUGAAGGUCGGCUACAACGGGGCGCGGUACCCACACAAGUACCACAACAGGAACGGGCCCAACGCCCCGCUCUUCCCGCCGGGCAGCUUUUACGAAUACCCGACGAAGGACUUCCCGUACCAUCUGCAGAAUGCGAAGGGGAAGAUCCGGACGCCGUCGGGGAACCAUUUCCUUGGCCCGGCGGAGGAGAGGGCCAUGAAGGGCCACACACGGACCAUCACCGACCGCAAUAAGAGCCUCCAGGGGGUUAUCUAUCACCACGACGCCGGGUCAAAUGCAUUCAUGCGUGCGAGGGAAAUUAGGGAGCCUAAGGGGCCUUGGAAAUGGUAA